AUGUUAAAGGGAAUUUACAUUUUGAUUUGCUAUAAUGAUAUAAAAAAUGACUAUUUUAAAUGUUUAACAGAGACCUCCUAUUCAAUUAUAAUCAUGCAUUUGCAUUGGUUGGUUUUAUAUUGAUUUUUUUAAAACUCCCUUAUUGACAAAACAAUGUUAGCAGUGUGUGAAGAAUACAGAGAUCUUGUCAGGAAAUAUUUUUAACAGGCUGUUAUGUUAGAAAACAAAGUACUGUGCGAUUUUCUGUGCUGAUUUCACACUAUGGAACAAAGUAAACAGUCUAUCUCAUAAUUAUACCUGUGUCACAAACAAAAAAUUGAGAAAAUCGUAAAACGUCCUGAAAUAUAUAUAUCGCCUAGGCCUAUCUGAUGUUUUUUUCUGUAACUGUCACUUCUAAGAGAAUCGCUGCUGCAGACCCAUAUAGGUUUAUUUUGAAUAUUUAAUUUAACUGAAUAUUUCGAUGCCAAUUAGCUGUCACCGUAUUAACAGCCUCUCGUCCUGGAGUACAUGUGUUGAACAAAUGACCAUCCUGUCAGCUCACCUCUGUCCAGGAGAACAAUGAAGUCAGUCAUGCUGAACAAUUGCUGACCCAUGAGUUAUGUUUCAGUGAACGAGAUGAGCCAACAGGAUAGCCCCGUGAAUACUCACUCUUGACUGACUACAAUCCCAUAUACAAGCUAAAGUACGAGCAUGGCGAAUAAAUCAAUCUAUGAUUUCUCUGCUGAGACCCUGGAUGGACAGGUGGUUCCGCUCAGUAACUACAGGGGUAAGGUGCUUCUCAUCAUCAACGUUGCCACCUUCUGAGGGUCAACAAUAGAGGAGUACCACCGCCUGAAUGCACUGAUGGAAAUGUUUGGUGACCUCAACUUCACUGUCCUAGGAUUCUCCUGCAACCAAUUUGGUCUUCAGGCACCUGAGGUGAAUCAUGAAACACUUAAUAUUCUUAAGUAUGUGAGACCUGGUGGGGGAUUCGUGCCAAAGUUUCCUGUAUUUGGGAAAGUUGAGGUGAAUGGAAAAAAUGAAGUACCACUUUUCGCCUAUCUAAAGGAAUCUUUGCCAUUUGUGAACCCUGUAAUUGGAGAUAUAAAGAAAUUCUACUGGUCCCCAAUCAAAGUCAAUGACAUCCGGUGGAAUUUUGAGAAGUUCCUAAUCACUGCAGAUGGUAUGCCCUUCAAAAGAUAUGAACUUCAUUGCCCCAUUGAGAAAGUGGAAAAGGACGUAGCAGAACUUCUCUGAUUGAUUUUCUUUCAAUUUGUCACCGGUGGCAGAGUGACGAUCCCCCAGUAAAUGCACCCGUGCACCUGAGCUGGAUCUGAUCAGAAGAGGAACAAGCCUCAGGGCUUCAGUGCAUUGACUCUGAGAACAAGUUCCCUUUCGCCACUGGAAGAGUUUUCAUGUAAAUGUCACACUUUUC